AUGACAUUUUAUUUCAUAUCAGAUCCUGAUCUAACACCAGGGCCAACUCCCACUACAACUAACUCAAACAUGCUGAAGUAUACAAGAAGACCAAUUGUCACGACAAUUUCAUUACUCUCGUUAAUAUGUAUCAUCUAUUUCAUGUCAUCAUCGUCACAGAAUUUGGAAUCUUCAUUAGGUAAAGUGAGAUCGCCAAUAAAUUUAAAUUCAGAUACAUUUCAAUCUAAUUUAGAUACAUUGUUGCAGAGACAAGUCGGACAACUGAAUGAUCAAGUGCAGAAGCCAUUAGAGGAGCCGCCCUCAGGUGCAAACAAUAUGGACCCCGCCGCUCCGAAACAACAACAAGAAGACGAAGAAGCCAACCCCAAGGAUGCUCCUAAUGGCGGUGUUGACGUAGCACAAGCAUUUAUGCCCAAGAUGGCCAAUGAAACUUUGAAAGCUGAAUUGGGUCGCGCAUCAUGGCGUUUAUUCCACACUAUAUUAGCUAGAUACCCUGAUGAGCCAUCAACUCAUGAACGUACGACGUUGGGCAACUAUAUUCAAUUAUUUGCUCAGGUAUACCCUUGUGGAGACUGUGCUCGUCAUUUCCAACAGUUGUUGAGCAAGUACCCACCACAAACCAAGUCGCGUAAAACUGCUGCUUUAUGGGGAUGCGACAUACAUAACAAAGUUAAUGAUCGUUUGGGUAAACCACAGUAUGAUUGUACUACGAUUCUCGAAGAUUAUGAUUGUGGAUGUGGCUCUGAUGAACAAGAGGCUGACUCUACUUUGAAAGGUGAGAGUUUGGAACAUUUGAAAGGAUUAAAGGUGGAGAAGGAAGAGUUACAAAGAGGUGGUUGA